CAACGGAAGACAGAUACCUUGUGAUUACGUUUCCCGAAAUGACCGUCCACAACACACAAACCUAUCAUUUAUAUUCCUACUUCCGGUCGACAUGCACAAAUCGCGUCGUGAUUGCCAUGCAUCUCAAAGGAAUUCCAGUUGAGCAUACCUACAUUGACCUUGGCAAAGCGGAGCAUGAACGCCCUGAAUUCGAGGUGCUCAACCCAAGCAAAUCUGUACCUGUCCUGGUGAUCAAAGAUAGUAAUGGAAAUGAGACGGUUCUCACCCAAUCUAUCGGAAUCCUGGAGUACUUAGAAGAAAGCCUGCCCACACUGACACCACUGCUGCCUCCCAGCGGGGACGCUGUGCAGCGAGCCCGGGUCCGAGAAAUGGUGAACGUCAUCACCAAUGACAUCCAACCGAUCAACGACGGGCGUGUUGCCAAGAGAGUGCGUGCCAUCCGCGGAGAGGCGUAGGACCAGAUCAAAUUUGUUCGAGAGGGCUUCCUGGCGGGUUUGAUGGCGUAUGAGAAACUGCUGGUCAAGAAUGAAGGGGUGUUCUCGGUGGGGGAUACAAUCACCA